AACCCACCCCCCUUUUGCGCCUUUCGCGUGAGAAUUUGGGCACCUCAAGCCUCUGGGGCCGGAGAGCGGGCGAGGCUUUGCCUGCUCUGGGCGCGCGACUGCGGCGACACUGGGACGCUCUCCGGAUCAAUGAUCUGGAGCCUGGAUCGUGGGGAGGGCUGGAAUAAGGCCGAGACGGCAAGCAGGGCUCGGGGCUUCCACUGGCCUGCGGACGAGGCCCCCUUCCCAAGAUGCGCCGGCGGGUCCCCUCGGCAGGCCGCGGCGAGCCGGAGAGGAGGCGCAGGAACCGUGGCUUAGACUGGCACCAACCUCCUCUGCUUCCCCCUUGGCAGUUUUGAUCCUCGAGGGUGGGGGGCAACCCACACAGCCAACCCCGACCCUGCCUGCCCCGGGACCCCCAAGAAGGGAGGGUGUCACUGACCACCCCCAGACUUUCCUGCCCUUGCGCCCUUGGGCACCUUUUCUCCGCCGCCCCCGUUCGCUUGCAUUGCGAAUUGUUUUCAUUCUGGAGCCACUCCAGUGACUCAUUGGCUGAAACCAAGGAGUGGGGCAGGGCGGCGAGCGGGCUGUUGGUGGGCGGGGGUGGCUGGUCCUUGCUGAGGCGGCCCGCAGCCCCCGCCCCCUCUGGCUUUUGUCACUCGCUUUGCCCGUAAGCAAAAGGCAGCCCGGGCGGAGCGAGCGGACCCGGCGGGCGGGCGGGCAGGCUGAGCGCUGCUGCAGCUGUUCUGGGGGCAGGCGCUACGCCGGAGGGACUCCCGAUCCUGAAGACGCUGAGCUUCGAGGUAGUAGCUGCCGCCGCCGCUGCGAGGCCGAGGGAGAAUUGCUGAGCGCCUCGGGGCUGGAUGGCCCUGGCUGAGAGUGGUUGGUGCCUGCUGAAGCGCUGCGGCCCCGACGACUUGCCCUACUCGUUGGCACCGCGGGAGCUGCCCUGCCCUUCGCCGUCGCCCUCCUCGUCCUCGGGCUGCUCCCCUGGCGGCAGCGGCAGCGGUAGCGGCAGCGGCGGCGGCCGGACCUUCAAGCAGGAGCCCGGAGGAGCGCUGCAGACCUCGCAGCCGCUGGGCCUCCCCGACGGCCGGCCCUUUCUGGGCCCCUUCGUCUCCUUGGCCGCGGCGCCGUCCGGCCUUUCCAGUUGGGAGGACGUGCUGCUUUUCGCGGACCUGGAUCAGGCCAACAAGCUCAUCUGGUCCAGCCGCACGUCGGCCAAGCUGAGCCCGGAUCCCUCGCAGCCGCUACCGCAGCAGCAGCCGCCGCCCGUCGAGGAUAUGUACCACCACCCGCACCCGCAUCACCAUCCGCAUCACCAGGGCCUGCAGCCGGGCCCCUACGACGGCUCGUCCCCGGGCACGGGCGGUGCAGGCGGCGGCUUCGUGCCUUCCUCGGCAGGAUCGCCCGUCUACGUGCCUACCACCCGCGUGAGCUCCAUGCUGCCUUACCUGCCCAGCACCCCGGGGCCCGGGCAGGCUGGUGGCCCGGCGGCGUGGCCCCCGCAAGCGGGCCCAGAAAGCCCCUCCGCGCCCUAUGGCGCCACGGGGGGCGGGUGCGCCCACCCGGCGUCGGGCCGUUUCAGCUACCCGGCCAGCAGCUCGCCGGCGAGCAACGGCGCCGCCCGGGAGUCGGCCACCUACAGCCCCCGCGAGCAGUUCCGGCCUUUGAACGGAUCCUAUUACGCGCCCUACGUGGGCUCCCAGUUCACCAGCCCGGGCUGGGGAAGCCCCUUCGACAACUCCAUGCUGCACUGCCUGCCCAACCGGGCCGGGCCCCUCGCCAUGCGGCCUUCCAGCGCAGAGCUUCUGGAGGAUCUCUCUGAGAGCCGGGAAUGUGUCAACUGUGGCUCCUACCAGACCCCCCUGUGGAGAAGGGAUGGAACUGGUAACUAUCUCUGCAAUGCUUGUGGGCUGUACACCAAAAUGAAUGGACUUAGCAGGCCUCUCAUCAAGCCUCAUAAGAGAGUGGGACCCUGUGAGGAGCCUCGCUGCAGCAUUCUGCACCCACUGGAGUGUCCAGGCCAGUUUCAGGGGCAGUUUCAAGAACAUACAAUUGUCAAGCCAGAUGGUGACCGGCAAAUGGAUCGCUGUGGCCAGAUCGGGGCAGGAAAGCCUUCUUCGAGAAGAAUGGGUUUGUCUUGCGCCAACUGUCACACUACGACCACCACCCUCUGGCGCAGGAAUGCAGAAGGAGAGCCCGUAUGCAAUGCCUGUGGCCUGUACAUGAAACUUCAUGGGGUGCCCCGACCCCUUGCUAUGAAGAAAGAGGGAAUUCAAACCAGGAAACGAAAACCAAAGAACUUGGCUAAGACAAAGUCAUGCUCGGGUAAUAAUAGCAAUAAUGCCGUUCCUAUGACUCCAACUUCCACGUCUUCUACGAACUCAGAUGACUGCCGAAAAAAUGCUUCCCCUAGCACACAAACCACAGCCUCAGGGGCGGUUUCUUCAGUGAUGUCCGGCCGGGGAGAGAAUGCCAGCAGUCCCGAGACUAGCACACUCAAAUAUUCCGGCCAGGAAGGGCUGUAUCCAGGCGUCAGCUUGACCUCCACUGCAGAAGUCACGGCCUCUGUGAGACAGGAUUCCUCCUGGUGUGCCUUGGCUCUAGCAUGAAGUGGCGAUGAGUCAGUGGUGCUGGAUCCAUGCACUGGGCAUCAGCCAGCCAGCAACACUUGUGUUUUUUGUUUUUGUUUGUUUUUUGUCCCAAGAAGCGGUGACUAUGAUGACAAGGACAUUCCUUGCCAGUCAUUUUUGUGCCUUGAUUCUAGCGUGUGUGUGUGUGUGUGAGAAGGGGGGGUGUUUUUUUCCUUCUCAUGGUCUCUGCUUGAUUGCCCAGGUCCUCAGCUAUGCAAGACAACCAAAGGAGUCCAAACCACUUCUCUUAGCUCAACAAGGAGUGCCCAUCUGCACUGUUGCUACAUCUUCACCACAACCACCAGUGCCGCCUUGUGUAUUUGUGGAUUGUGUAUUUUUCUCCCCAUUCCCACUCGACCAACAUCCAAGAUCUGAUUGGUGUUGAUAUUAUUGUAAGACAAAGUAGGCAAAGCUUGCAUUAUAGAGCAACACAGAAGAGCUAAGCAACAAGUGAGCAUAUAUUGAACAUGAUAGUUUGAGGCAAUCUCCUCUUGCAGGUCAGUGUUUCAGCUAGUGCCUUCCACUCACGACACGCCCCCAUUUCUGAGUAGCUUUUCUGAAGCAGACUUCCAAUACAGCCGAAUGAAGGAAAGAAACACAUUUUGGUACCCCCCCUUCUCCCAUUAGAACUGGCUAUUGAGAACUUUCGUUUCUAACAUUUGCAUUGUUGUUUUUAACAUAUACUGUGAUGGAGGAGGACAGAGCGUCUAUGUUGUGGCUGAACUGUAUGUAGUCAGUCAGACUUUGUAAACAGGGUAGCAUUCAGAUUUUUUUCUCCCCCUUCCAUAUAUACAAUAAUUUUGUUUUUUAUAUAAAAAGUGCAAUUUGUCUUGCAGCAAUCAGUGUUAAAUCAUCAGCAUAAGAUUUAACAACAGUUUUUAUAUGAAUGAAUGGAAUGAAUGUAAACAUUUUAACUUAAUGGUACGUAAAUAAUUUAAAAGAAAAAAGUUAACUAGGCAUCCUUUUGUUGCAAUUUUUUUUUUUACUGUAACAGAAAACAUUCUUCUGUGUUUCUGAUUUAUAAAGUACAAGUUUCAAGAACAAACGUUUUCUCAGGAAAAGAAAUUGACCCUACCUGUCUAUCUGGACAUGAGCUUUUAUAUACACAGUCAUCCCCACUAUCUUGCCACGGAAUAAACUAUGUGCUAGAAGAUUUAUCAGUUGCAGUGAAACUUUACUACCUAAUGGAUAAAGUAUGUAAAUACUCCAACAAGAUAUUUAGGCAUCUUUAAAAUACUGGAUGCAAUCUGUAUAAUGUACCUGACCCAUAGCUAGGUUGGUUUACAUUUUUUUAAAAAGGGAUGUCAUGUGAAACGUUUUCACCAGAGGUUUAAUAAUAAAAAGGUUAUGUGUUUUUC